GACCUGGUUUUGCUUUAGAAUCUAGUGCAGAUAGCUAGUUCAGUCGGCGAACGAGCCGUUUUCCCUUGCGCGGCAUCUUUCUGUACUCCGGACCACUUCAUAGAGUCUAUAAAGAGCUUAGCAGUAUGCAGACGCUCCUAGGAAAGCGGGCGACUCGCCCUUUCACCUCGCAGCGAUGCCGCCCAUCCGCGGCGAGCACUGUGCGCACCUCGACGUGUCGCUCCAGCUCGGUCCGCUGCCAAGCAAAGAUGCAGAUGCGGGAGGUCAUUGAGAAGCUCAUCGUGCGGGAGGACCUGACAGAGAAGCAGGCUGAGGAGGCUCUGGGGACGCUACUUGAUGACUUCGUGACGGAGCAGGCGGCGGCGUUCCUGGUGCUGCUGCGCGCCAAGGGCGAGACGCCCGCCGAGAUCGCGGGUCUGGCCAAGGCCAUGUUGGACAAGGCGCUGCCCGUCAAGACCAGCCAGCCGGUUGUGGACAUUGUGGGCACGGGCGGCGACGGCAUCGGCUCGGUCAACAUCAGCACCGGCGCCUCCAUCCUGGCCGCGGCCGCCGGCGCCAAGGUGGCCAAGCACGGCAACCGCUCCGUGUCCAGCCUGUGCGGCAGCGCUGACGUGCUGGAGGCCCUGGGCAUUGCCAUCGACCUGGGCCCGGCCGGCGUGAACCACUGCCUGGACCAGGCGGGCAUUGCCUUCAUGUACGCGCCGCGCUACCACCCCGGCAUGAAGGCGGUGCGGCCUGUGCGCUCGGCGCUCAAGGUCCGCACGGCGCUCAACAUGCUGGGCCCGCUGCUGAACCCGGCCGAGGCGUCGUACGGCCUGGUGGGCGUGUACGACACCUCCAUCUCCGAGCUCAUGGCGGGAUCACUGCUGCGCAUGGGCGUGCAGAAGGCGCUGGUGGUGCACUCCAUGGGGCUGGACGAGUUGACGCCCAUGGGCCCGGCGGACGUGGUGGAGGUGACGGCGGGCGGCCCGCUCAAGCGCUACAGCCUGGACCCCAAGGAGGUCGGCAUCCCGCGCUGCGAGGUGGAGGACCUCAAGGGCGGCGACGCGCAGCUGAACGCAGCCAUCCUGAGGGACGUGUUCGCGGGGCAGAAGGGCGCGGUGGCCGACGCGCUGUGCCUCAACGCCGGCUAUGCGCUGGCGGCUUGCCGCGUGGCGGCCACCCCCGCCGAGGGCGUCAAGAUGGCGCAGGAGGUGCAGCGCCGCGGCGACGCCACCGCCACCCUGCAGCGCUGGGCGGAGGCCUCGCAGGCCGCAGCGGCGGCGGAGCGGGAGCAGGCGCACGCGGUGGCGGCGUAAGGGAGGCGUGCAUGGCGACAGUGCGGGGGCUGGUAGAGUGGUGUAUGGUAGAGUGCAUGAUGGAAAUGGAAGUGCUAGGUACGUGUGGUGAGGUGCGCCUCCGUGUGCUCGUGUGCUAGGUAUGGGGGUUCCUGUGUGCUCGGGAGGCGAGGGAGCAGCAAACAGGGCUGGGGGGCGGAAGCACCGGCAGGGAUAAUAGCGUCAAGUGGUAUGGGUACUCGGGGACAUGCCCAAGGGUUGGGUUAUAGGGAACCCUCGUCCUCACCGUGAUUUGCUUACCGGACCUGUGACCCGUGUGUGGCGUGAGUUGGCCAGGGGGGGACUGUUGGCGCUCUCGAAGGCGGGAGGGAGUUCAGGGUCCAGACCGGAAAGCAUGCGUGUGGGGGGCCUGUCUUCAUGCUUCCCCCAAGUCCAGAUCGUGUAACAAUACGCUGUU